CAAAACGCCUUUCGAUCACAAACCGAGGGCUCUCUCUCAGUGUCUCUCUCUCUCUCUCUCUUUCUCUCUUCUCUGUCUGUGUGAAGCAAAAGGACCCUGAGAUCAUGCCGGUCCCGACGGCCUUCACCAGCGCCUCGAACAUGCUCCGGCGCCGUCUGCUGCCGACGCUCCGAACUCGAGGGGCCGGCUCCGACGGUCCGAGCCGUUGGACGACUCCCGGCGACGUUCCACCAAAGGGCAUACUCUUCAACAGGACACCACCACCACCUGGGCAGUCUCGCAAGUGGGAAGACUGGGAGCUUCCUUGCUACAUCACCAGCUUCCUCACCAUAGUCAUUCUCGGUGUCGGACUCGACGCCAAGCCUGAUCUGACCAUCGAAACUUGGGCCCACAAGAAGGCCUUGGAACGGCUCGAGAUGGAGAAGUUGGCUUCCUCUGGCUCCGCUGAUUCCGAUUGAUAACUUGGAUCCGGGAAAAAGAAAUGAUAUGCAAUAGCCACUCCUUUGAUUGGCUGCUUUGAUCUUCAGCGUUGUCUUUUGCUAAUUCGUUUGAAGCUUCUGAUGCUAAUUCUUCAAGCUCAAACUUUGUUUGACCCUGCUUUCGUUCAUCAAUAAGCAUUUGAGUUAUUUUCCUGCAAUCUAAUGUCUUCCACUCGCAAAUUGGCCAAGCUUUUGCUUGGUGCCGUUCUCUUGUUGAAAAUGGAACUGUUCCGCUGCCAUUAUUGUCUUGCAGGUUAAACAUUCUUGUACAUUUUUAUUCUUCAUGGGGUAAAAUGUCAGUAAUGCAUUUCUUGGA